AUGGCUAAGAACUCAAAGAAAGGAAAGAAGGUAGUCAAAAACUCUUCUAGAAGAAAUAAUAGAUUAAAAGAAGAAGAAGAACUAGCAAAAUUACAAGAAAGAAUUGAUAAUUAUGAUCCUAAAACAGAUGAAGCCAAUAUAUCUCAAUUUAGUGAUCUUCCAAUUACUGAAAAUACAUUAAAGGGUUUAAAAGAGUCCACAUUUGUAUCGUUGACUGAUAUUCAAAAGAAAACCAUUCCUAUAGCUUUAAAAGGAGAAGAUUUAAUGGGGACUGCUCGUACUGGGUCAGGUAAAACUUUAGCAUUCUUGGUUCCUACUAUUGAAUCAUUAAUUAGAAACAAAAUUACAGAAUAUGAUGGGUUAGCUGCAUUGAUUAUAUCACCAACUAGAGAAUUGGCUGUACAGAUUUUUGAAGUUUUAACAAAAAUUGGUAGAAACAAUUCAUUUUCAGCUGGGUUGGUCACUGGUGGUAAAGAUGUGCAAUAUGAAAAGGAAAGAGUUUCAAGAAUGAAUAUUUUAGUAGGUACCCCAGGUAGAAUUUCACAACAUUUAAAUGAAGCAGUAGGGAUGGAAACUUCGAAUUUACAAGUUUUGGUCUUGGAUGAAGCUGAUAGAUGUUUGGAUAUGGGGUUCAGAAAACAAAUUGAUAAUAUAUUGGGCCAUUUACCAACUACUAGACAAACAUUAUUAUUUUCUGCUACUCAAUCUGAAAGUGUUAAAGACUUGGCCAGAUUAUCUUUGACUAAUCCAAAGAAAAUCGGCGUUUCCUCUGAUCAAGAAAUUUCUGCUACUCCAGAAUCUUUGGAUCAAUAUUAUGUUAAAGUACCAUUAGAUGAAAAAUUGGAUGUAUUGUGGUCAUUUAUCAAAUCUCAUUUGAAAAGCAAAAUCUUGGUAUUCUUUUCAUCUUCCAAACAAGUUCAAUUUGCAUAUGAGACAUUUCGUACAUUGCAACCAGGUAUAUCUUUAAUGAAGUUAUAUGGACGUCACAAACAAACAGCAAGAUUAGAAACCACCAAGAAGUUUUCCCAAGCUCAGCAUGCAUGUUUAUUUGCUACUGAUAUUGUGGCGAGAGGUUUGGAUUUCCCAGCCAUUGAUUGGGUCGUUCAAGUUGAUUGUCCUGAAGACUCGGCUACUUAUGUUCAUAGAGUUGGUCGUUCUGCACGUUUUGGUAGACAAGGUAAAUCAUUGUUAAUGUUGUUACCUCUGGAAGAAGAAGGUAUGUUGAAAAGAUUGAAAAUCCAUAAAAUUGAACCAAAAUUCAUGAAUAUUAAACAAAAAUCCAAAAAAUCUAUAAGACCUCAAUUACAAUCAUUAUGUUUCAAAGAUCCAGUGAUGAAGAACUUGGGUCAAAGAGCAUUCAUUGCAUAUUUUAAAUCAAUUUAUAUUCAAAAGGAUAAAGAUGUGUUUAAAGUUGAAGAAUUACCCGCUGAAGCUUAUGCUGCAUCUUUGGGUUUACCGGGAGCUCCAAAAAUUAAAAUCAAAGGUGGUGAAUCCAAUAAAGAAAAGAAGAAUGCUUCCCGACAAUUACUUGCUUUGGCUAAAGCUGGGGAUGAUGGUGAAAUUUCAGAGGCUAAUGAAAAAGCCAAAGUCAGAACUAAAUAUGAUCGUAUGUUUGAAAGAAAGAAUCAAACUAUUUUGUCUGAUCAUUAUUUGAAUAUGACUGGUAAUAAAGCCAGAGGUGAUGGAGAAGAUGAAAGUGAAGAUGAAGACGGUGGAUUUAUGACUGUCAAGAGAAAAGACCAUGAACUUAAUGAAGAGGAACUUCCUGACUUGUCGAUUCCUGUUUCUAAGAGACAAGCCAAAAAGGCACUUUCCAGAAAAGCCACACUUGCCACCAAAGGAAAUCCAACAAAAUUAAAAUUCGAUGAUGAUGGUGUUGCCCAUGCAAUUUAUGAAUUAGAAGAUGAAGAAGAUUUCAAGAAGGCUGGUGAUGCCAAACAACAAAAGGAAGAGUUUGUCAACAGAGAAAGAGAAGCCAUGAAGGUUACCGAUCUUGCUGAUAAAGAAGUUGAAAGACAAAAGAGACAAGAAAAAAAGAGAAAGAGAAAGGAAACCGAAAGAAGAAUGAGAGAAGAAGCCGAGGGCUUCAGUGACGAUGAAGGGGAACCAGUUGUAACAUUAGGAACUCCAGACUUAGAUCGUGAUAUGGAAUAUAGUGAUAAUGAUGACGACAACGAACCAGCCAAUAAGAAACCUAAAUGGUUUGAAACUGAUGAUAAGGAAAGCAAACCAAAGGAUGACUUUGUUGAAUACGAUGAACCUGAAACUUUGGAAGAUUUGGAAUCUUUGACAGCUAAGUUGAUUGGUAAUUAG